AUGGAGGAAGACAGAAAGAAUGAGGAAACGGGCUUCUCUGGAAGACCAGAUGGUCUCUUGUCUGACCGCAGUCAAAGUAUAAGCGCGUUAGGUGCUGGUGAAGGAUCUAACAAAAGUCAGCAUAUGCAGGAUGAUUUUGGAGUCCGAGGAUGUUUCAGGAGUAAAGAUACUAAUGAAUCUCUGAACAGAGAGGAUCAGCCAGUGAGAUUUGGUAGUGGAAGGAGUUUUGGAAACAGAGGUUUUCACGAAAGGAGCACGACAGAGGGUCCCAGUACACGAAAAGGAGGUUUUAGAGGAGUUUCUGGAGGCUUUGGACAAAGUCAAAGUGAUAGUGAAAGCUACAGAAGCAGAAUGUUUGGAUGCCAAGGAGGUUACAAAGGACAUGAUGAAGAAAUAGGUUCUGGAAGAAGUUCCUGGAAGUCUGUUGGUGAAACGGGUGGUGAUACAGGUCCAAAGGUGACUUAUGUGCCCCCUCCUCCACCUGAUGAUGAAGAAACCAUCUUUGCACAUUAUCAGACAGGAAUUAAUUUUGACAAAUACGAUCAAAACGUUGUCGAAGUAUCAGGACUUGACCCUCCACCAGCAAUACUGACUUUCGAAGAAGCUAACCUCUGUCAGACUUUAAACAAGAACAUUGCUAAAGCUGGGUACUCUAAACUUACUCCAGUGCAGAAGUACAGUAUUCCUAUUAUACUUGCAGGACGGGAUUUAAUGGCAUGUGCCCAGACAGGAUCAGGAAAAACUGCAGCUUUUCUUCUACCCAUUGUGGCCCAUAUGAUGAGAGAUGGCAUAACUGCCAGUUGUUUUAAAGAGCAGCAAGAACCAGAAUGUAUUAUUGUAGCCCCAACUAGAGAACUGAUAAACCAGAUCUUCCUAGAAGCAAGGAAAUUUGCGUAUGGGACUUGCAUAAGGCCUGUUGUAAUCUAUGGAGGAACACAAACAGGUCAUUCAAUUCGUCAGGUGAUGCAAGGCUGCAACAUACUAUGUGCCACACCAGGAAGGCUUAUGGACAUCAUUGGAAAAGAGAAGAUUGGUCUGCAUAAAGUGAAAUACUUGGUCCUAGAUGAAGCAGACCGUAUGCUUGAUAUGGGUUUUGGUCCAGAGAUGAAGAAGUUAAUUUCUUACCCAGGCAUGCCAUCAAAAGACAGACGUCAAACAUUGAUGUUUAGUGCCACUUUUCCUGAAGAAGUUCAGAGGCUGGCCGGUGAAUUUUUGAAAACUGAAUAUUUAUUUGUUGUUGUUGGACACGUGGGUGGAGCCUGCAGUGACGUUCAGCAAAGUAUUCUUCAGGUUGCUCAAUAUUCCAAGAGGGAGAAACUGUUAGAAAUUCUACAAAGCAUAGGUUGUGAACGAGCCAUGGUAUUUGUGGAUACAAAGAAAAAAACUGACUUCAUUGCGGCCUUUCUUUGUCAAGAAAAAAUACCAGCCACUAGCAUCCACGGGUCUAGGGAACAGAGAGAGAGAGAAGUAGCUCUUCGGGAUUUUCGAUCUGGAAAAUGCCCAGUUCUUGUGGCAACUUCAGUGGCAGCAAGAGGCCUGGACAUAGAAAAUGUUCAGCAUGUUAUUAAUUUCGAUCUUCCUUCCACCAUUGAAGAGUAUGUACACCGAAUUGGACGAACUGGUCGUUGUGGAAAUACAGGCAAAGCCAUUUCUUUCUUUGAUAAUGGUUCAGAUGGCCAUCUUGCACAAUCUCUAGUUAAAGUGCUUUCAGAUGCUCAACAGGAGGUUCCAGUUUGGCUAGAAGAAAUUGCUUUUAGUGUUCGUGAAACUGGUGUUACUGUGCCAAGGGGAAAUGUCUUUACAUCAGUUGAUACCCGAAAAAAUUAUGAAGGCAGAGGCAUCACCAACCCAGGAGGAAUGAGAACGUCAUGCGCUUCAAGUGCAUUUGAGUCAUGGGAUUAAAACUCAUUUGGUACCAAACUAGAUUGUUUUAUGUUGUGCUUUAAGUGAGUUGUUGCACUUACUGUUCCUUAUUGUUGAGCUUUAUGGAACGCUUAAUGUUUAAAGACUAGCUGGUAUCAUAUAAUAAUGCCUGCAACAAUGUAUGUGUACUCAGUUAUGAUGAACCCUGUGAUUAUCCCUUCAUGUAAGAAGGCAAAAGCCAUUUUUAGGAGACACUUCAGGUAUUUCUUAAAGUGUUAAUUCUUUCAGUAAGAGUUCACUGAUACUUGGCAGCUUCUAUGUUGCUAUAAAGAUGUGGAACUUGAUCCUUGUUUAUUUUGUAAGUGGAAAAUAGAUUUACUGAGAAUUACCACUUUGUUAUCAAAACUUUGCAUGGGAAAAUAGUGUU